AUGUCAUGUCGGCAAUUUUCGAACAACGCAGAAGUGCAAUUCAUCGAAUUGACUGUCACCACCGACUGCUACAAUGAUGAGGAAUCAUUGAAAUCACUGAAGUUAAAUAAUUAUGGAAUACUGAUUGUGAAUACGAAAUCAUCUUUGAUGGGACACGAACACAAUUUCCACACUACAACUUUUGUGGACUUCAACAACCAGAAAUGGCCAAAGUCCAAGGAGUAUCAAGCCUUUUUCACUGUUGGAAGCGGUGCGGGACAUGAUACCGUACCAACCAGUCCUGCACCGCCUCCUUCCGAAAGCACCCAGUCACCACUAAAUGACGCUCUGGAUAUAUAUUUCAGCAUUCCGUCGGCCGAAGAAGUGCAAGAUUCUAGCGCUUACAUCAGUCCACUUGAUGAACGUCAUACAAGGUUGGAGAACAGAGUUGCCAAGCUUUUAGAGAUUGUUCAAGAUAUCGCGCACCGUCAAAAACAGUUUGGCGAACAGCAGAAAGCUGACGAUAGAAUCGCAAAAAGCUAG